CUUUCGUUCGACGUGGAAUUGAAGAAAUUUUCUCCGUUUGUUUUCCAACCCGUAAAUUAACCCUAGAAAACUGUAAAAAGGAUCAAAAUGACGACAUACUCAGAUAAAGGCGAAAAGCCAACUGUUGGACGGAUGUUAGCGUUUGACCACAUCACACAUUGGGUUGGAAAUGCUAAACAGGCAGCCUCAUAUUAUUGUACUCGAAUGGGUUUUGAGCCCAUGGCAUACAAAGGAUUGGAGACAGGCUCUAGAGAAGAAGUAGCUCAUGCUGUUAGGCAGGACAAGAUCGUUUUUGUUCUAAAAUCAGCGCUUGUCCCCAAUAAUGAGCUCACAGAAACCAUGGGUAAACAUUUGACUCUGCAUGGUGAUGGUGUGAAGGACAUUGCUUUUGAAGUUGAAGAUUGCAUUAGCUUGUAUAAAGAAUGUGUAAAACGAGGAGCAAAAUCAGUGCGAGAACCAUGGGAAGAAUCAGAUGACGAUGGAAAAGUGACUUUUGCAACAGUGCAAACAUAUGGUGAUGUCACUCACACUUUUGUUGAAAGAAAGGAUUACAAGGGCAUUUUUCUUCCUGGCUACAAGAAAACAAUGCAGGAAGACAAAUUGCUGGCCAAACUUCCAUCAGGUAAACUUUCCUUUAUUGACCAUGUUGUUGGCAAUCAACCAGAUGACCAAAUGGUUCCUGUUGCUGAAUGGUAUGAAAAUAACUUACAGUUUCACCGGUUUUGGUCAGUUGAUGACAAACAGGUCCAUUCUAAGUACAGCUCUCUGAGGUCAAUUGUUGUUACAAAUUAUGAAGAAACAAUUAAAAUGCCCAUCAAUGAACCUGCCCAUGGAAUGAAAAAGAGCCAAAUCCAGGAGUACAUUGAUUAUUAUGGUACAGCAGGGGUACAGCACAUUGCACUGAACACAUCAGAUAUUAUAUCAGCUGUUGCAAACUUGAAAGAGCGAGGAGUUGUGUUCCUCUCUAUACCAGACAAGUAUUACGACAAUCUGAGGGAAAGGCUGAAAAAAGCUAGCAUUACUGUUACAGAAGAUCUGGACAUUCUUCAAAAACUCAACAUUUUAGUUGACUUUGAUGAUCAAGGAUACUUACUACAGAUCUUUACCAAACCAAUGCAAGACAGACCAACUUUGUUUCUUGAAGUAAUCCAAAGGCAUAAUCACGCUGGUUUCGGUGUUGGAAACUUCAAAGCUCUAUUUGAGUCUAUCGAGGCGGAUCAAGCAGACCGUGGCAACUUGUAGUCAAUCUUCACAGUCUUAAAUAUAUGAUUAUAAAAAAAGAGAAAAUUGAAAGAACAGGCUGAAGUUAAUAUCCACUAAACUAAUGAUAAAUCAAGGCGGUAGAAUGACAUACAGUGGAUUCUUAAAACCAAGACAUUGAUUGCAGAUUAAAAUAACGCGGUUUUUAUUGUGAAUUGAACGCUGGCAAGGAAGUAAAAUUUCCUGCAAAUGUGUGGACUUUCUUUUUUAUUCCAUGAGUGGUCAGUGCCAGAACUCGCAGCAAUCAGCCGUCGUGUGAAACCACCCACCGACUCCUAUUGCACAAUUCAAUUGGCAAUCUUUUUUAUAGAUUUUAGCUGGAACUGAAUGAUCGGAUGUAUGGAUAAGAGUCGGUGGUAAAAUUCUGAUUUUGUGUCUUGCAAAGUAUGUAGUCGUACUAUAUUUAUACCUUGCAUUUAUUUAACUGCGACAUCACAAACCAAUGGCAUGGUGGCAAACUGCCCGGAUAACUAUGAGCUUGUUGUAUUUGGUCUUUUGGUAUGUUAGGGGAAAAUAAAUAAUAAAUCUGA